GUACAUUUCCUUUUAAUGCCAGGCUGCCCACCAUGCUGGGUGCAUGCUGGGUUCACAUGUGGCUUUGCUGCGCCUUCUUACAUUUAUACUGCUUCACCAUGGGCAAAAUGCUCAGCGUCAAACUGCAGCGUGACUCGACAGAUCUCAUUGUGUCAGCCUUUGCCGCAGAUGUGGCCGGCAGGAGUAGGUAGCAGGCUGCCCUGUCCCCGGGACUCUGCGCUCCGCAGGGCGGCCCUCAGUGGCAAUGUCUCAGCCAUCUCUCCACACUACGUAUCGACUGGCAGGACGGUGCGGGUUUUCAUCAGCUGCAACCCUGACGACACAGAAGCUGAGAGAAAUGCAUUAAAAGAGCAUGUAUAUCCAAAGUUGAGGGAAUUCUGCAGAGAAAACUAUGGGGUAGAAUUUCAGGUAGUGGACUUGUACUGGAGAGCAGAGCCGGAAGAAUGGGAUAGCCCUGAACUCCAGAGGAUGAGAAUGAAGCUGCUUGAAGAAUGCCUGAAAACAUCUGCAGGUCCAUGUUUUGUUGGACUCAUUGGUGAAAAAUAUGGCAGCAUCCGAAUUCCAGGCGAGGUUGAAUCAUCAGAAUUUGAAAUGAUUUUGGAUGCUGCUGUUGAAGCUAAGUUGGACACUCGUACCCUCGAAGAGUGGUAUUGCCGAGAUGAGAACGCAGUCCCGCCAGCUUACUACCUCAAACCUAAAUCUGAAAUGCUGGACAACACUCAAAGUGCAAUGGACACUAAAAUGAAGGAAGAGAACAACAAGAAAUGGCAGAGCAUUGCAGAAGAACUGAAGAGAAUUUUCAAAAUAUCAGUUUCUUUACUUCAAGAAAAGGGGACCAUGAAGAAAAGCCAAGCUAAAAGAUACCUCUGUUCCGCAAUUGAAGAUGAGCUUGACUUUGCUUUGGGAAAACAAACAGCUGCCUUUCUGAAAAAGUGUGUGUGCUACAUUAGGAAAAUAGCCAAUUUUGACAGGCAUGCAAAGCUUCCAGAGAUGGGUCGGUAUAUGGACACUAUAGUGGAGAAUGAGAAAGUGAUCCGAAACCAAGAAGCCCAUGAGAAACUCAUUAAACUCAGGGAUGAAUUUAUUCCAACCAUCGUUGCAUCUUCCAACCUUCGCGUUUAUACUUCUGUGACACAUUGUGAUAUGAAGCUUGGAUAUUCCCAGGAGGUAGAAACUCAUUAUGUUGAAGGGCUUUGUAAACAGUUUUAUGAAGACAUGGUUGACAUUAUACAAGCCACAGUCCAGCAGAACUUUGAUACGGAAACAGAUCCUCUUUAUGAUGAAGUACUUCAGCAUUUAUCAUUGUGCAAAACCUAUGCUUCUUUCUAUGAGUACCGAUGUGAAGCAUUAAAUAUUAUACAUAGGUAUAUUUUGCCUAGCAAGGCAGCACGCAUAAAUCCCUUAAUUGUCUAUGGAGGACCAUGCGCAGGGAAAACCUUGCUUCUUGCAGAAGUGGCAAAGCAGGCAUAUGCAUGGCUGCAAGAGGAGAUGGGCCCAGAUACUGACCCAGUAGUGAUUGUUAGAUUUCUUGGCUCUACCGACGGCAGCACAGAACUUCGAAGCUUGCUGCAAAGCAUAUGUGAGCAAAUAGCAAUCAACUACAGAUGCCUUGUCCACAGUAAUCCACAUAAAAUAAAUGAUCUGAAGGAGCUUCUUGGUAAUCUCUUAAAUGAAUCUUCAUUUCGUAGACCCUUGGUGAUUGUCCUAGACGCAAUAGAACAGCUUUCAGACAGUGAUGAAGCACGCAAACUCUGGUGGCUCCCUAUUAAUCUGCCUCGGUCUGUAAGGAUAAUUAUUUCAACACUGCCAAACAAACAUGGGAUUCUACAAAAAAUGAGGUGCCUUAUACAUGAUGAAGAUAACUACAUUGAGCUUAUGCCACGUGACAGAAAAAUGUGUAGCCAGAUACUGAAACAUCAGUUGCUGAAAGUAAAACGUAAAGUCACCUCAGGGCAACAAAUCUACGUUAAUGAGGCACUUGCAAAGUGUACUUUGCCUAUGUUUGUUAACCUGAUUUUCAGGGAGGUUAAGCAUUGGAGAUCACACAAAGAUGUUGAUGAUUCAUCAUUAUGUGUUACUGUUCAUGAAAGUAUUGAGCAAUUGUUUUGGUCUCUUGAGAACAAACUUGGGUCAAAAUUUGUGUUUAGAGCACUGGGCUACAUCACCAUUGUGAGAACUGGUUUAAGUGAAAUGGAGUUAGAAGACAUCCUUUCCCUUGACAACAGUGUUUUAAAAGACAUUAUCAUAAGUACCAAUCUACAAAAUCCUUUAAGGGUCGCAUACAUUCUCAUAGCAAAACUGAAGGAAGAAUUAAAUGGAUACCUCAUAGAAAGACAAGUUAGAAAUUUGACAUUGCUUGUAUGGGCCAAUAGGCAUCUACAGUUAAUUGCUCAAAAGCUGUACCUCAGCAAUGAAGAAGAUGUGCACCAGAUGCAUAGUCUUCUUGCUGAGUAUUUUUUAGGCGUCUGGUCAGGAGGAAGAAAGAAAAUGUUCCACUGUGACAGUCACCAUCUUAAUUCAUUUGAUUUUAAUCAGAGGAAUCCUGACAGUAUUGAAAGUGCAAUUUGUGAUGAGUCUUCCUAUGACAGACAAACACCAGAACAGCCCUGGGUGUUUCAGUGUAGCUCUCUUGAUCCAGACAUCUUCUUUGUGAAUCACCGGAAAAUGACAGAACUAUUAUAUCACUUAACCAGGAGUGGAAGGACAGAUGACUUAAUGUUUGGUGUCAUAAUGGAUUUCAGCUGGCUCUACACAAUGAUCAAAAUUGGUCAGUUUGAAAGGGCGCUCAUGGAUAUUGAUAUAGGUUAUAAUUAUACACAGGAGAAAGAGCUCAAGUUUCUCGCAAGCACUCUUCGCAGCAUAAAACUUAAAGUGAUAAAAAAUCCAAAUUCCCUUUCUGCAGAGUUACAGCAGAGACUAUUGCCGGUGGUCACCUCACUGCCAAAGCUAAGACAUCUUCUGUUGGAAUGUGAUAAAGAUGGGCCUAAAUACUGUUCAAUUGUUCCUUUACAUUCCUCUAUGGAUGUUAUCUAUAGUCCGGAACGACUUCCACUUUCUUCAAGUUACAUGCAAAUUGUUGAUGUUCUCCCAACUUUGAGUCCUAGUAUUAUUAUCGCUGCUUUGGAAAAUGGUUCCAUUAGCACAUGGGAUGUUGAAACUAGGCAGCUCUUAAGGCAGAUUGACACUGCUCAUUCUGUAGUGCUUGGGAUAAAGCUUACAAGUGAUGAGAAAUAUCUUGUCGUGGCAACAACUAAAAACACAUUGCUUAUUUAUGAUAAUCACAAAUCCUGCCUUUUGUCAGAAGUAGAGAUCAAGGGUUCAAAACAUAGCGGCGUUACAGGAGGUGUUGCGUUCAUCAAUGGUUUCACGUUAUCUAGUAACCAUGCCCUCGCGUGGCUUGAAGCAAGUAAAGAUGUUAAUGUAAUUGAUCUCCUUUAUGGCUGGCCCUUAUACCAGUUUCACUGUUGGUAUGAAGUAACUUGUGUUCAGUGUUCACCAGAUGGAGUAUAUGCUUUUUGUGGACAGUACCUCAACACCACAACAAUAUUUCAUUUGGGGAGUGGAGAAAAGUUGUCCACUGUGACAUCCGAGUUCUCUGGGGGGUUCGUCAAAGCACUUCUUAUUCUGGAUACUGUGCAAGAAAUGGUAAUGAUUGAUAAUGAAGGAAGUCUCUCUGUUUGGAAUACAGAAGAAAUCACUAACCCCCAAGUAAUUGAAGAUUUUGACUGUAGAGGAGAAGACAAUGAAGUAGUUAGCAUUGAGCUGUCAGAAGACCAAAGUGCUAUUCUAAUAUGCAAAGCCAGGAGCAUUGAGGUUUUGGAUACGGGUUUAUGGAAGAUGGCAGAAAAGUUUAAAGCCAAAAGGAAUGAGCGUUUUGUUGCUGCAGUCCUUUCAAAAACUGCAGAAUGUAUUGUAGCUUCCAUGGAAAAUACCUCUUCCAUUUUUGUGUGGCGAAGAGACAGCGGGCAGUGCAUGGCAAGCUUACAAGAAAUUUCAGGAGCCACAGUCAAAUUAAUUAAAUCUAAUCAUCACAACUUGCUAUUGUCCCUUACGACUAGUGGGGUGGUGUCUAUUUGGGACAUAGAUAUUAUUACAGCAAUGUCCAACAUAGACAAAACUGGAAAGCCCAUUCAGAGUCUGUUGUUACCUGGCCGAGGGGAACUUAUCUAUACCCUUGACGGUUCUGAGUCAGUUUACAAGUGGAAUUUUAGCACAGGCUUUAUUGAGUCUGUGUUUAAACAUGAGGGAAUUGUGGAGAACUGUGUGUUAACGUCAUCAGGGGAUUUAAUGGUCACUUCAGAUGAUAAGUGCAGUCAAUAUGUAUGGCACACUGUAACAGGUGAGAAUAUUUUCCGUAUCAAUGGGCAGAAAAUAUCUCAACUGUUGAUUACUCACAAUGAUCAAUUUGUGGUUUCACUAUGUGAACAAAACGCAUCUCGAGUGUGGAGAUUAGCUACUGGCCACAAGGUCUGCAAUAUUCUUGUGGCCCUACAAAAUGCAUUUAUAACAACAGCUAAUACAUUCUUAAUUGGCAUGACAAAAAACAAGCUCUUAGCAGUGAGUUUAUGGUCAGGAAGCGUUAGUAAAAAAUUUUGCUGUGAUGAUGGAACCAGUAUUGUUAGUUUUAAACUUAUUCCUGAUUGCCCGGACUUUGUAGUUUUUAUUACAUCCGCAGAAACUGUUUACAUUUGGAGUGUGGCAGAAGAGUCCAUCUGUAGGCGAGUACAGCUUCCUAAUAAUUUUUUAAAAAAUCUAGAAGAUUUUCAAAUAUCUCCCAAUGGCAAACUAGGAAUUGUUUCAAGAGGGGAUGAAAACAUAAAUGUCCUUGAUUUGCACAGUGGAAAACUCAGGAUUGUUCAUGCUUCUGGUGUCAUCUGGAGACAGAGAUUAUCUCGCGAUGGACGUUAUCUUGUGUAUAUUUGUUUUCAAAAUGGUGAUGAUGAGGAUGACAAUGGUUUAGUCUUCAGCCUGAUUGUUAUGAGAUUGGCAGAUGGCAAAAGCAUUGGUGCUUGUUCACUUUACAAAACUCCUACUUUUCUUGGUCUGUCCCAGAGACAUUUAAAUAUCAUAGUUGGAUUUGAAGAUGGAAGUCUUGGAACCUACACCGUGGUAGAUCGUGUAGAUGCUGCCUUAAAGAUUAAGAUUGCAACAUCUAAUAGUCGUCAAAUUGUUAACAAUGCAUCACAAAAGGUUAGACCCAAAUGUUCAACAUUUUCUUUCAAGACAGCUGCUGAUUGUGUUUGGAGGGAAUCUACAGAGGUCUUUGCAAGAGAUAGUCCUAUUAAUGUGUCUGACUCAGGUGAGGCAGAGACAACACCGACAAAGAAGCCAAACUAUUGUUAUGAUCGGGUGUGCUCUGCAAUUGAUUGCAAAAGUCCAAGCUUUCCAUCAGAGAGCUGAAUUUACAGUUUUGAUGUUGGCAGCCUAUAAAAUUGGGCAGAGUCAGUGAGAGAAUAUAUAGCUCGUAAAACAGUCAUCCAUUUUCUGAACAUACUUGUCACUUACAGAUUUGUAGCGCAUAUGAACCCAAUGACAUGGGACAACCAUGAAGAGAUUGCUAGUCUGUUUCAUGGCACAUUCAUGCUCACAAAGAUCCAUACAGUGAUAAUAGGGUCAUUUAAAUUUAUAUGAAAAUGCAUAUUUUUUGAAUAUGGGAGCACACGUAUA